CGUGACGCUCAGGCCCCCGCAGGUGGCACCGCGUGGCACUGAGCGUGGAGGGCACCAGCGUGGCCCUGCUGGUGGAUUGCGAGGAGCCCGUGACGCUGCCCCUGGAGCGUGGCCCGCGGCCCGUCGUCAGCACGGCAGGCGUCACCCUGCUGGGGGCCCGGCUGCUGGACAAGGAGGUUUUCCAGGGCGACAUCCAGCAGCUGCUGAUCUCCCCGGACCCACGGGCAGCCCUGCACUACUGCGAGACCUACAUGCCCGGGUGCGACAUGCCGCUGCCCUACGCCCUGCAGGGCCUGGACCCCGAGGAGAGCGGGCCGGAGCCCCCGGCUGCCCCCGCCCGGAGCAAGGGCAGGAAGGGCAAAGGGAAGGGCAAACGCAGGGGCAAGGGCAAGAAGAAGAGGAACAAGGAGCUGGCGGAGCAGCGGGACACCGCGCCCACCGUGGGGCCGGGCCAGGAGGCCCUGACCCACGCAGCUCCUACCCUGGAGGCGACCCCAUCUGGGGAGGAGCACGUCACCCCACUGCCCGGGACCACCCCUGCCAGCACCGUGACCAUCAGCCCGAACCUGCCUGAGGCCUACGAGGAUCUGGGAGAGGAGCACGGGAUCGGGGCGGACGGGGACCCCGGGGCCAACAGCACCGAGCUCCCCGACUACGCCCUGAGGGAGUAUGAGGAGUACGACGACGGGGAGCCCCUGGGCCACGACGCCAGCCUGGAGCGCUACGGCCCUGCCGAGCGACGGGGAGCCCUGGGCCAGGCCGCCCGGGAAGCCAGCCGGAAGGGGGAGAAGGGGGAGCCGGCCACCAUCGAGCCCGGCCGGCGAUUCGAAGGGCCGCCGGGAGCCCCGGGCCCAGCGGGCGAGAUGGGCCCCCCAGGGUCGGUGGGGCCGGCGGGGCUGCCGGGCGACCCCGGCGAGCAGGGCCCUGCGGGGCGGCCGGGGCUGCCGGGAGCCGACGGGGGCCGGGGGCCUCCGGGGACCAUGAUCAUGCUGCCGUUCCAGUUCGGCGGCGACUCGCCCAAGGGCCCCACCGUGUCCUUCCAGGAGGUGCAGGCGCAGGCUGUCCUGCAGCAGGCCAAGCUCGCCAUGAAGGGACCCCCGGGCCCCAUGGGCUUGACCGGCCGGCCGGGCCCCCUGGGUCUCCCUGGGAAUCCCGGCCUGAAAGGGGACUCGGGAGACAUGGGGCCUCAGGGUCCGCGGGGGAUGCAGGGCCCACCCGGCCCGCCGGGGAAAGGGGGCAAACGGGGUCGCUCUGGGGCGGACGGUGCCCGGGGCCUCCCGGGGGACACCGGACCCAAGGGCGACAGGGGCUUCGAUGGGCUGCCGGGGCUGCCGGGCGAGAAGGGUCACAAGGGGGACGUGGGGAAGCCAGGGCCAGCGGGCCCCCCAGGAGAGAACGGAGCCAAGGGCUCGGGCGGACCGGCAGGACCCAGGGGGCAGCCCGGGGAGCCCGGCGUGCGCGGCUUGGUCGGCUCCCGUGGCCUCCCCGGCCCCCCAGGACAGCCGGGCGUGAGCGGCAUGGACGGCGUGCCUGGGCCCAAGGGCAACGUGGGGAUCCAGGGGGAGCCGGGCCCCCCCGGGCAGCAGGGAACCCCGGGACCCCAGGGCCUGCCUGGCCCCCAGGGGCCUGUCGGGAUGCCGGGGGAGAAGGGCCCGCUGGGGAAGCGGGGCAUGCAGGGCGUGGCCGGCGCUGACGGGCCCCCCGGUCACCCUGGCAGAGAGGGGCCGGCGGGGGAGAAAGGGCUCCAGGGCCCAGCCGGCGCCGUGGGACCCGUUGGCUACCCAGGCCCACGCGGGGUCAAGGGGGCCUUCGGAGCCAGGGGCCUGAAGGGAAGCAAAGGGGAGAAGGGAGAAGACGGAUUCCCCGGCUUCAAGGGUGACAUGGGCCACAAGGGUGACAGGGGCAACGCGGGGCUGCUGGGGCCGCGGGGGGAGGACGGCCCCGAGGGGCUGAAGGGCCAGCUGGGCCCCGUGGGGGAGGCGGGCGCCUCCGGCCCGGCGGGGGAGAAGGGCAAGCUGGGCGUGCCAGGCCUGCCGGGCUACCCUGGGCGCCAGGGCCCCAAGGGCUCUGCCGGCUUCCCGGGCCCCCUGGGGCUCGCAGGGGAGAAAGGAAAGCGGGGCAAGGCUGGCCAGGCUGGGCAGGCGGGACAGCGUGGACCUCCGGGCCUGCCAGGGGAGCGAGGCCAGACGGGGCCGACAGGGAAGCCGGGACCGAAGGGCGACGCCAGCCAUGACGGGGCCCCCGGAGCCGUGGGGGAGAAGGGCCCCCAGGGGCCGCAGGGCCCCAACGGUUUCCGAGGCCCGAAGGGUCCACCUGGCCCAGCCGGGAAGGACGGGUUGCCCGGACACCCAGGACAGCGCGGGGAGCCGGGAUACCACGGCAAGACCGGCCCCCCUGGCCCCACGGGAGUGGUGGGACCCCAGGGUAACUCGGGCGAGACGGGCCCCAUUGGAGAGCGGGGGCAUCCGGGCUCCCCUGGCCCCCCUGGGGAGCAGGGGCUACCAGGGGCUGCCGGCCGGGAAGGGGCUAAGGGUGACCCUGGCCCGGCCGGCCUGCCUGGGAAGAACGGCCCCCCGGGAAUCCCUGGCUUUCCCGGCGCCAGGGCCGCGCCCGGCGAGACGGGGCCCGCCGGCCUGAAGGGCAGGGAAGGGCCUCCUGGGCCCCCGGGCCCCACAGGCUCCCCCGGUGAGCGAGGCCCCUCGGGGGCAGCUGGAGGCAUCGGGCUGCCAGGCCAUGGGGGGGAGCAGGGCCCCCCCGGCCCUGCUGGGGAGAAGGGUGCCCCGGGCGAGAGGGGCCCAAUAGGCCCUGCCGGGCAUGAUGGGAUCCAGGGGCCCGGGGGCCUGCCAGGCCCAGCUGGACCCCCGGGCCCUGCGGGCGAGGAUGGCGACAAGGGCGAGCUGGGGGGCUCCGGACAGAAAGGGAGCAAGGGGGACAAGGGCGAGGCGGGCCCACCGGGACCAACUGGUAUCCAGGGACCCAUCGGGCACCCUGGCUCCGCGGGAGUGGACGGGGAGCCCGGCCGCCGUGGGCAGCAGGGGAUGUUUGGCCAGAAGGGAGAUGAGGGGGCUCGGGGAUUCCCUGGCUUGAGUGGCCCUGUCGGAUUGCAGGGCAUGCCGGGCCCGCAGGGCGAGAAGGGUGAGAGCGGAGAUGUCGGCCCCAUGGGCCUCCCCGGCGCUGUGGGGCCACGUGGGGCGCAGGGACCUGCCGGCGGCGAUGGCCCCCAGGGGAUGCCAGGUGGAACGGGUCAGCCGGGCGCCGUCGGGGACAAGGGGGAGCCGGGUGAGGCGGGAGACCCCGGGGCCCCAGGGGAGCCAGGCCGGCCGGGCAUCAAUGGGGAACUGGGGGAGAAGGGAGAUUCCGGUCCGUCGGGCGCCGCUGGGGCCCCGGGCAAGAGGGGGCCCCCAGGAGAGGAUGGAGCCAAAGGCAACCUGGGCCCCAUCGGCUUCCCUGGCGACCCAGGCCCCGCUGGAGACCCCGGGGUGCCGGGCCUGGACGGCGCCCCCGGGGAGAAGGGUGACGGCGGGGACCCCGGCAUGCCGGGCCCAGCGGGCGCUUCUGGGGAACCAGGUCCUCCCGGUGCCCCAGGGAAGAGGGGUGCAGUGGGGCCAGCCGGGCGUGAGGGUCGGCCGGGCGAGAAGGGCGCCAAGGGCGAGCCUGGCACCGAGGGGCCUCCCGGGAAGAUGGGCCCCGUGGGGGUGCAGGGACCCCCUGGCCGGCCUGGCUCCGAAGGUCUGCGUGGGAUCCCCGGUCCAGCUGGGGAGCAGGGCCUGCUGGGGGCCCCGGGGCAGGCAGGGCCACCAGGCCCCAUGGGCCCCACAGGGUUGCCCGGCCUCAAGGGAGACCCCGGCUACAAGGGUGACAAGGGUCAUGCAGGGCUCAUCGGGCUCAUCGGCCCCCCAGGGGAGAUGGGGGAGAAGGGCGACCAGGGGCUGCCUGGCAACCAGGGGGCCCCAGGGCCCAAAGGAGACGCCGGCUUGGCUGGCCCCAUUGGCCCCCCGGGCCCUCCUGGAUCCCCUGGGCUCGUGGGGCCGCUGGGUCAGAAGGGCUCCAAGGGGUCGCCGGGAGCCCUGGGCCCCAGAGGAGACACAGGACCCCCUGGACCCCCAGGGCCACCGGGCCGCCCGGCGGAGCUGCUGGAGCCCCUGCCCAUGGAGCGGGUCCGGAAGCGGCGCCGGGAGGUGGAGGGGGAGCAGGGGGACCAGGCGUGGACCCCGGACUACGCGCCCGAGGGGCUGGAGGAGGUGUACGCCUCACUCAGCUCCCUGCGCACCGAGGUCGAGCAGUUGAGACGCCCCCGGGGCACCCCCGAGAGCCCAGCCCGCGUCUGCAAGGAGCUGCAGCUGUGUCACCCCCACUUCCCCGACGGCGAGUACUGGAUCGACCCCAACCAGGGCUGCACUCGAGACGCCUUCAAGGUUUUCUGCAACUUCACGGCAGGCGGGGAGACCUGCCUGUUCCCAGACAAGAGAUUCGAGAGUGUCCGUCUGGCUGCCUGGAGCAAGGAGAAGCCGGGGAGCUGGUUCAGCACCUUCCGGAGGGGCAGGACGUUCUCCUACGUGGACGCGGAGGGGAACCCGCUGGGCGUGACCCAACUGACCUUCCUGCGGCUGCUGAGCGCCGGCGCCCGCCAGAACUUCACCCUGAGCUGCCAGGACGCGGCCGCCUGGUACCACGCCGGGGCCGCCAGCUACGCCCGGGCCCUGCGCCUCCGCGGCGCCGACGGGCAGGAGCUGGGGCCCAACCGCACGGCCAGCCCCGUCCUCGCCCUGCACGACGGCUGCCAGCUGCGCCGGGGCCAGGCGCGCACGGUGCUGGAGGUGCGAUCGUCCCGCCUGGAGCAGCUGCCCCUGGCCGACGUGGCCGUCCUGGACUUCGGAGGCGCCAACCAGAAAUUCGGCUUUGAGCUGGGCCCCGUCUGCUUCAUGGGCUGAGGGGGCGCGUGGAGCCCCCCAGGGACGCUCCCGGGGCCAGGCUGCCUGCCGCUGGGCCCAGAUCCCUGGGGACCUGCUGCGGACUGCCGGGGGGGCGGCUCCCAGGGCUCCGCUGCCCCCCACGGGUGCCCCUUCCUCACUGUCCCCAGGGCGCACUCAGGACUCAGCCCAGCGCCCCGGACCCUGCCGCUGGCCCCCCCAGCCCGAGCCCAGGGAGCCCCGCGGGAUACCCAGCCCUAUUAACGCUGCAGGCCCCCCCGGGCCGGUGCUGUGGGGCAAGCGGGCGGGUGCCCCUCUGUGGCCUGAACAGGGAGCGGGGCAUGGACUGACCCCCCAUGGCACGAUGCCCCCCCCAGGAGCCUCUGUUAGCAACGCACUGGACAUGUCUCUAGCCCAGCAGCCCCCCCACAGUGCCCAGCUGGGGCAGGACGGGCCCUGGGGGCAAUGCAGCCCCCCCCCCCGGACUCCAUGACGGCCAGGCAAGGGGCCCGACUGGGGGAUCCAGGCCCUGCCCCACUGAACAGACCAGCGCCGGUGCCCCCCAGCGCCCCUGCAGGAAGCUGCCGAAGAGCGUCCGUCCGUCCGUCCGGUGUCUCCCAGGGCUGGGCGGGGCCGAGAGCUGGCGCCCCCCCGAGACGCCAGGGUGGCGCUCCGGACCCCCCCGACCCCCGCCUCCUGCCGGGCCCCUUCCCCCGGGGGAGUCGAUCCUGGCCCCCCGGCCGAAGGGUGAAGCUGCAGCCCCCGGAGCCAUGGCACCAAGGGCCCACCCCGCCGGCCCCGGCUGGCAGCGGGGUGCGUCAUGGGGGCAAGGAUCCCGCACCCCCCCGCACAAGACACCUCGGGGUUGAGCCCGAGGGCGGCGCUGGGGGGACGAGAGACCCAGACCUCCCCCCUGCCCCGCUCGCCGGGCCCCACGUCUGUUCUCGGCCACGUCGCUGCGUCUCGGCCACGCGGUGCCAGCGCGGGUGCUGUACGAUAAACCAGCCUGUAUGAAA